AUGAAAGCCGCUCUAGCCAUAUCCUCACUCCUGGCGAUCCUGGCCCUGGCCUGCGCCUUCCUCACUGGCAGCACCGGCAACAGCAACACAGGGGCCAAGGUCUGCGUGCUGAGAAACUGCAGCUGGAACUCCACGACCAAUGCCUGUGGCCGCUACGGCAGCUCCAAUCUGUGCACCCGCUUCAAGAACAGCUGCGUGCUGCGCUACCAGUCAUGUGUCAGCUCCACCACCUACACUUCCGUCAGCCUCUCCAGGUGCUCGGGGAUCAGCCUGAACAGUCGCGGAAUCUGCGGCAGCUCAUCCUCCUCCUCCUCCUCCUCCUCCUCCAGCUCGACUUCGAAUGUUGUUCCCAUCAUCAUACGUCGAGGCUGA